UUGAAUGAAGAAGAAGUGGUGAUUUAAAAGUGCGUUGUAAAUGGUGUGCGAUUAAUGUUUUAUGAAUACAAAAAUAACAAAGAAGAAGAAUACAUCAUAUUGUAUUCUAAUAAAACAAAUUUACGCUGAAUUAAAAUUAUGUAGCUUUUUAUCGGAAAUUUGUGAUAAAAAUAAAACUACCACCACUAACCAUAAUAAAACCACCUUACAGGACUAGAUAUUUUUCAAUGAUGAAUUUUAUAAAAUUCCAAAAACUAUUGGGAAAAUUUAUGUUGGUAAAUUUUCGUCUGCGAUUUAUGUUUCUAUUUCUUGUGAUAUUGUGUAUUAUUGGUGUAAUAUUCACUUUGUAUCAGAAACCUGACAUACGUUUGUGUUUCGUUGAUUCCCAUCCUGCAGUGCAGAGCGAUAAUGAGGAUUCCUCCGAUUGGGGCUUGGAGAAACUGGACGAUAUUUUGCUGGCCAAAAUACAACCAACACCAGGUAAAAGUAUAUUUUUUCAUGAAACCUCUUGUCCCCAAAUGCAAUCAGACACAACCCGAAUAUCAUCAUCAUCAUCAUCCGUUGAUAAGGCGCUAAAAGAGGCCUUGCAUUGGAAUAUGGUUAAACUAAAUGCUAGGCAGGCUUGUGCUAUAGAAUCGGCGGCCUUGCAUAAUCCCAACUCACAAGUGUUUGUACUGUUUGCUAGUCCUCGCUAUAAGUAUCACAAUAGAACCGGUAGCAGUACGGGCAACGAAGCUCUGCUAGAUGCCAUAUUAGCCUAUGAUAAUGUACAUUUAAGAAAUUUAAAUUUAUGGACAUAUGCAGCCAAUACACCCAUCUAUGACUGGCUAAAGGAUGGAGCGUUAUUUAAGUCAAGCUACGUUCUCUCGCACAUAUCCGAUUUUUUGCGUUAUCUAACCCUUUGGCGUUGGGGUGGCACUUAUCUGGACAUGGAUAUUGUUAUGCUGCGUUCCAUGGAAGAAUUACCACCCAAUUACACGGGCGCCGAAUCAAAUACCCAUUUAGCCGCUGGUAUUAUGAACUUUGAUUCGGAUGGUUUUGGCCAUGAAAUCGCCUAUCAGUGUUUGCAAAAUUUCCAACAAACCUUCGAUGGCAGCAACUGGGGCAAUAAUGGUCCCGGUGUUGUUACAAGGGUGAUAAAAAAUGUUUGCGGUACCGAUAACAUUGAGCUAAUGAUGGAUAUUAAACGUUGCAUGGGUUUCAAGGUAUAUCCCAUAGAGGCAUUCUAUGCCAUACCCUGGCGUCAAUGGAUGCAUUUCUUUGAGCCCGAACUAUUAGAGCAAACCAUGACACGCACACAAAAUUCGUUUGUGGCUCAUAUAUGGAAUAAACAUUCGAUAAAACAACCCAUACGAGUAGGUACAAAAUGUGCUUAUUGUUUAAUGGCUGAAAUGCAUUGUCCUCGUGUUUAUAAGGCAGCUGGUGAAUAUUUUUAAAUAUUUGUGUAUUUUAUGUUAAUUUACUUUAGUUUAUAGUAAUUCAGAAUCAUCACAUUCCCUUUAAGUUUUACUUAUUAUAUUUUACUUAUCUCUUUUUGUUGAUUCUUGUGUAAUCUCAAUUUUUUUUUAUUAUUUUUAAAUUAUUUUUGUUUUUAUUUGGUGUUUAAUUAACCGCCAAUCAUAACUGUCAUCUAUUUUUUAACAUUGAAAAACCAAAGCAAUUUUUAUUGGACGCUUGUGUAGAUAAAGUCGAUAGGGCCAAUCAAAAGUCAAUAUGCAUUAAUCAAUUUGAUAAGAUUGGAACCCAUGGAAUUAGACUUUUUAUUGGCUUAUCGACAAUAUGUAUUUACCUUUACUAUAUAUAUAUAUACAUACGUAUGUAUACAUAUAUUUUUUAUAGAUAUUAUUAUAUGUAUGAUAUUGUUUUAUUAAUGUUUAUUAAUUAUUUGUUGUAUGUAAGUGUAAUAACAAUUGUAGACAAUAUACUAAAAAAAUGAACACAGAAAAUCUCAAUAAAAAAAUUACAUUUUAUAGCAAUUUAAUAAA